GAUCGUUAAACUACAAAACUUUCACAUAAUUAGCUAACUAGCUAUAUAUAUGUCCCGAAUUAUCCGUAAUUUAUCUGAUGCAAAUUUAAAGCCAUGGAAAAUAUUGAGGGAUUGGAAACUUUCGUGGGACGAUCUUUGCGUAUCAAGGAAAGAAAAAUCUACAAUGAUUCUAGAGUGGAUGAUGAAAUAGAGGGGAAAAGAAAGUUUGAUGUUGAAGAAAAAUUGCAUGAUGAAAAGUUUAAUCAAAAUCUAUCAGAUUUUAUCUUAGAGUUGUCUGGAAAGGAUUUUGACCUGAAGUAUAUCCAAGAGCAUGGCUUCAACACACCAAUUUUGUUUAAGAAAAAAGACGGUCUUGGAUUACGGAUGCCAGAUGCCGAACUGUUCACUGUAAACGAUGUUAAAAGUUAUGUCGGAGCUCGACGAAUGAUAGAUGUGUUUGAUUGUGAUACACAUCAGGCUGACCAAAUGAGUGUGCAUCACUGGAUACGGUAUUACACUGGCUCAGAACGAGAAAAAAUAUUAAACGUCACUAGCCUUGAAUUCAGUCACACUGGACUUGAUCGAAUUGUGGAAUGCCCAACAACGGUUACAAAAGAUUUAGAUUGGGUCCAGUUGGCUUGGCCUAAUCAUUUACUUGCAGAACAAAAGGAUACUACUAACACCAUUGAUAACAUGAAAUAUCCAAAAGUACGAAAAUACGUUCUGAUGAGUGUUGCUGGCUGCUACACAGAUUUCCAUAUCGAUUUUGGUGGUACUUCAGUUUGGUAUCAUGUCUUGAAAGGGGCAAAGGUCUUUUGGUUGAUCCCACCCAGUGAAAAAAAUUUGGAUAUCUAUGAGCGAUGGGUGUUGUCUAGUCGACAGCAAGAUGUAUUUUUGGGAGAUUUAGUUGACAACUGUUACAGGAUUCAUUUGGUGGCUGGUGAUACAUUUAUGAUUCCUACAGGUUGGAUUCAUAGCGUUUAUACUCCAGACGACUCGCUAGUAUUUGGUGGAAAUUACUUGCACAGUUUUAAUAUUGCGAUGCAGUUGAAAGCGUAUGAUAUAGAGGAGAAUACACAUGUGCCCAAACGGCUUCGCUAUCCAUUUUUUUCUGAAAUUCAUUGGUACAUAAUAAAGAGCUACGUUGACAUUCUCGAGAAAGAUUUAGAUGAGAGACGUAUGUUAGAAUUUGAAGAAGACAACGAUGAGGGCGCAUUCAAACUUGUCAAAGAUGAAAUCGACAGCGAGACUGAAAAAGUCCACGCAAAAUGGCAAUGUGUUUAUUUGACUGUAUAUGAACUGGAAGGCUUAAAGUUGCUUUGUGAACGAUUUCGUAGCUGGACUCAUGCGAAAACAAACUACCCGAAAGAUCUAACCGAAGAUGGAAUGGAGCUUUUGGAUCGGUUGGAGGAAGUGUUACAAUAUCAUGAGGAUGAUGAUCAGAUACUUGCAUGUAGAGGUAUCAAUUUCUUUCAGCAAAUGGAACUUAGAAAGGAAUCAAAAGUUCCGCCCACAUCUCCACUGAACACGGCACUUGAAAAACCGCCAAAAGAGACACCAACCCCUACUAGUAUUUCAAUCAAGAAAGAAGUCAUGGAUGAAGACGAAGAAACCAAACGGAAAAUCUCUUUCGAGCAUGAUCAAGAGAAAUCGACGGGCGUUAAAACGAAACCAAGAGUUUCGAAGCACGUAAAGAGAAAGAAAACGAUCAUACGGAGAGUGAGAUGUCAAACGUGCGAAGGUUGCGUUCAAGAAAACUGUGAUGUGUGUCGAUUUUGCUUGGACAUGCCAAAGAAUGGGGGAAUGGGUCGACUACGCAAGCCGUGCACCCAGCGAUUUUGCAAAAAUCCUCGUUUACCCAGCUAUGUGGUUUGUACUGUUUGUGACGAAAGCAAGACUGGUAGAGACGAAGUGUUAAUGGAGUGUAAUAUAUGUGGCGAAAUCGUGCAUCCGAUGUGUUUAACAAAAAGAGCACCGUGUAAGAUCUCAAAAAAAGUUAAUAACAGCUGGGAGUGUCCGAAAUGCUGUGAAGAUGAACAGGGUUCUGAGUUCUCAUUUAAUCUUUUGGGUGGUGUGAUAAGUGAACAUAAAAGAAAGUGGUUGGAAAAAGUUGGUAAGCCUGGUAUCGCUCCGGAAAAGAAAAGAGUUAACAAGGUUGAGAAUUUAAAAUCACUCAUCAAAAAUGUAAAAUUUCUCGACAAAGUGAAAAUAAAAGACGCCUUAAAAGCAUCCAAUGAAAAGGAAAAUGAAAAAAGAAUAAAAGAAAAAGUUUCACACUCGGAUGACAGCGAUGAUGAACCUCUUAUUAAGAAAAAGAAAACGAAGGUCGACAGUACGACUGUACUCACUAAUGGUCAUACACCACUCGAAGAAAUCAAACCUAUAGCAGUUAUAAGGCCCGGUCCAAUCGAAUCCCCGUACGUUUGUCUGCACUCGAACAACGACCGACAUGUAUUGCAAGGCAGCAUAUGGCGUCAAGUCUACACCUACCUAAAUAAAAAAGAUAUACUAUGUUGCAUGUUAGUUUGUAAAGCGUGGAACCAAUGGUGUAUUGAUAGUAAAUUGUGGGGGAAAAUUACCGUUUCAAAUAAAAUAAUAACACAAUCAAUGUUGAAAGGUAUUGUUCGCCGACAACCAAUAGAUUUAAACAUGUCGAGCACAAGUAUUAACGGAAAACAAUUAGAGUGGUUAUUAAAACGUUUACCGCGUCUACAAAGCCUUGACCUAAGUUUAAGUACAGCUUUUGCGGUGUCAGCAAUUAUGCGCGUGACUUGUCCUCCUUUGACGUCAUUAAAGUUGUCAUGGUGUGACGCUAUUUAUGACAGAUUCAUCACACAAAUUUUUGCACCCAUCAAAACAACCAUGGGCGACGUCGUGCCUAUAAGCCGUCUUCAUUUUUUAGAGCAUUUAGACUUAACAGGUUGCGAUAUUUCUGACGAAACUGUUCAUUAUGUUUUCACGACACUGACGUUAUUACGUACGUUGGACGUCAGUCAUUGUGUGAGAGUGUCGGCGUCGUGUUUAGAUAUUUUAUUAAAACAUGAUGCCGUGUGUAAAGACACGCUGCAGAAGUUUGUAUGUGUUGGAUGUCCAUUGGUUACAGAGCAGUGCGUGAAAAAAUUUCAGGAUAAAAUUAGGGUACCGAAAAUCAUUAUGACGUAGCGAUUUUUUGGGUCUAUUCGAACGGCGGUAGAUAUAUAAUGUCCUAUUUUUGAAGAAUUCUUUAAAAUUAAAGUGAAAGCUUGCUUCUUAAGGUGUCUUGUUAUAUAUGCCAGUUCUUAAGUCGCUUUUUUAAUGAAAACCCAGGGUCAACAUGCACUAAACACUCAACCCUGAUCUGCGUAAAAGUUUUUCCCAGAAAAGGGAUGUUAACAAAAUAAUUUUGAUUUAUGAUCUAAAACUAUUGUCUGGUCUUUGUUUUUACCCGUGCUUUUAUGUUUUGGUGCCUUAUAAUUUUGUCGGAAUUUUUUAAAGUUUCCCUCCGCCUGCUAUAGAAUAAAUCAGCAUUUGGAGAAGUAGAACUGACCAAAGAUGUGUAUAUAUUUUUCGGUGAUCAAACUUGAAAAUAGCACCGUGGAACCGAAGGGAUUUAUUAUUUUGCGUGGCCAUUUGUUUGUAGAUAUUCUGUUUGAAUGUAGCCACGAGAGGAGCUCUGAGCGAAGUGACAACGAAAAGACUGGAGUGUAUUAUGAAGUUGAUUUGUGAAUAGGUCUCGUAUUCAUGUGGCCUUAUUUGUUUAGCCUCGCACUUAGCUAUGUAGGUUUUUUUUUAGAUUUUACGAAUUACGUAUGUCAAUGCUUUUAUUUAUAUGUAACUGUUCUCCUUUGCGGUGUUAAAUUAUAUACAGGAGAUAUAAAAUAUGUGUAAUAUACUAUGAAGUAUUUAU